AUGGCUAGUAACGCUGCCUAUAAUAAUAAUAAUACCUCCAACACCGCCUCUCCCGCUACUACUUCCGCAGCCACUUCCGCAGCCACCACGGGCUGCACCCAAGCCGCCGUUGCUCUCGUCCCUGCGGAUGCCACCUUCAUCGUCCGCCGCUUUGUCUCCGACCCAGACCAACAUCCGCCUCUCGGCUUGAAGCGAUCACCAAGCGAGGCCGAAGCAGAAUCGAAAAUGCUUGCGCAGCUGCGCGCAUUCGAUGAGAAAUUCGGCAGUCCCUCCGCAGGCAGCUAAGCAGAUGCGCAAU